AAUUUAGUGGAAAUUCACUGCUGAAUAAUUAUAAGGAGUUUUACUUCCUUUAGACGAUUUACCAAAUUCCAAAGAGGAAAGAUGAGAUUGGCGAUGUAGCUGUAGAAUGGAGAUAGGUCUACGAGUGGUAAGAGGUCCAGACUGGAAGUGGGGUAACCAGGAUGAUGGUGAGGGACACGUUGGAACAGUGGUGGAGAUCGGGAAACCGGGCAGCACAACCUCACCGGACAAGACUGUUGUGAUACAAUGGGAUUCCGGUUCAAGGACAAAUUAUCGUGUAGGGUACCAAGGGGCAUAUGAUCUACGGAUAUUUGACAAUGCUGCCAUAGGUAUAAAGCAUCAGAAUAUAAUCUGUGAUGGAUGUAAGAAUCAAGGUAUUCAGGGAAUGCGGUGGAAGUGUACCAAGUGUCACGACUUUGACCUCUGUACACUCUGUUAUAUGGAUGAUAAACAUGAUCUGGCUCAUUCAUUUCAACGCUUUGAUACAGCGUCAUCCAAAGGGCAAAAAGUACAAAAGAGAAGAGACAGUGUUAAGAUACAGUCAAUGGGUAACUUUGCUGGUGCCCGUGUUGUUAGAGGCCCAGACUGGGAUUGGGGGAACCAGGAUGGUGGAGAAGGAAAAGUUGGGAAAGUGACAGAUGUACGGGGCUGGGACUCGGAGUCGGGGCGUAGCGUGGCCGCCGUGACAUGGUCGUCGGGCUCGACAAACGUGUACAGGGUAGGUCACAAAGGAAAGGUGGAUCUGAAGUAUGUACAGGCAGCUAGUGGAGGGUAUUACUACAGAGACCAUCUACCUGUGCUAGGUGUGUAUGUGGAAAAAAUAUCUAAAAGUGAGUUUCCAGAACUAACUACAAAUCAAGCCAUAACAAAUCAGUUCAAGGUCGGUGACAAGGUGAAGGUCGACCUUGAGGCAGAUAUACUGAGGAUGAUGCAAGAAGGUCACGGAGGCUGGAAUCCAAGGAUGGGCGAGUAUAUAGGUAAAGUUGGAACAGUUCAUCGUAUAACGGAACGUGGGGAUGUCAGGGUGCAGUAUGAGGGGUGUACUAACAGGUGGACUUUCCAUCCUGGAGCUCUUAAAAAGGUUCAAACUCUAUCAGUAGGAGAUAUAGUAAAGGUUUCAGAAAAUAUACAAUCUGUAAAAGAGCUGCAGAAAAAUCAUGGUGAAUGGAACGAGUCAAUGAAAACUACUUUAGGAAAGACUGGUCGAGUGUUAAAGGUUUACGCUGAUGGUGACCUGCGUGUUGCUGUUGGGAACCAGACGUGGACAUUUAAUCCAAUGUGUGUAAGCCAGGUACCAGCUAGUGUGAUUACAGAUCUGAACAACACGAUGGGACACAAUGAGAGAGAAGAUCUACAAACAUCAUUGACAACAUUGUUAGAUCAGCUUGUAGAAUUACAUCAGACAGAGACUGGUCCUGAUAGACUGGUGAGAGAGGCAGCUCAAGGUCAUACUGACGUAGUUAAAGAUAUCAUCACCAAGUUUCCCGAUAAGGUGGAUCAGAAGAGUUCAGGAAAGACAGCAUUACAAGUGGCCAGUCAUCAAGGUCAUAAAGAAAUUGUACAGUUAUUGUUGACUGCCGGCGCUGACCUUGAACUUCAAGAUGAGGACGGUGAUUCUGCCUUACAUUAUUCUUCCUUUGGUAACCAAGCAGAGGUAAUGGAGCUCUUGCUUCAGAAAGGAGCCAACAUAAAUGCCCUAAACAACGGUGAAUGUAGUACCCUCCAUGUAGCUGUAAAUAAACAACAUCAAGACUGUGUUCGUGUACUGCUGAAACGUAGAGCUGAUGUCAAUAUUCAGGAUGCCUAUGGUGACACGGCUCUACACGAUGCCAUCGGUAAGGAGAAUCUGGUUAUACUAGAUCUACUAGUCAAUUAUCCAGGUAUCGACUUUACCCUGAAAAAUAAACGAGGUUUUAACGUCCUUCACCAUGCUGCUUUAAAGGGAAAUAACUAUGCCACAGAGAAGAUCUUACAAAAGUGCCGCCAGAUUGUCGAUAUGAAGAAAGACGAUGGAUUUGCUCCCUUGCAUUUAGCUGCCUUAAACGGUCACAGAGAUGUUACAAAUACCCUGCUUGUAACUGGUCAAGCAGAUAUAGAAAUCAGAAACAAUCGUCAGCAGACGCCAUUAUUGUUGGCAGUGAGCCAAGGUCACACCGGCCUAAUAGAGUUACUGGUGUCUAAGGGAGCGGACGUGAACGUGGAGGAUGAAGAUGGGGACACGUGUCUACAUCUGGGACUGAUGCGACAGAGCGUAUCCACGGAGAGGGAAGAUAGUCCAAUGCUUGAAUCUAUCCGGAUGCAGUUGGGUAUGGCAGAAGGCGAGGACACAGUUGGCACGGCCAUUGCCUGUUACCUGGCUCAGCAGGGCGCAAAUCUCAAUCAUAAAAACCAUGCCAGGAAAACACCUCUGGACCUUAUUAGUGAUCCAAAACUAGAGGAGGUGGUUACACAGUUUGCUACAGCAAACAGACGUCAAGAAAAGCAGUCUGGUAGUCACGAUCAGCUAUGUGAUGUAUGUUCGGAACAACGUGCCACGAUAAUGUUCCAGCCGUGUCAGCACAAGGUCUCGUGUUUAGAGUGUUGUAUUAGAAUGAAGAAAUGUAUAGAAUGUAAAAUGCCCAUCACUGCCAAAAUUGAUGAGAAUGGUAAACACGUUUUUGGACAAGACCUCUCGGCAACAACCAGUAAAGAUCCCCAGAACUCCACGCUUCAACGUAAGUUAACGGAAAUGGAGGAGAAUAUAUUAUGUUCCAUUUGUAUGGAGCGUAAAAGAGACAUGGCGUUUCUAUGCGGACAUACAGUGUGUAGUACAUGUGGCGACGAGUUACGAAUAUGCCACAUGUGUAGAAAACCUAUAACGAAAAAAAUCAACCUAUAUUCAUAGAUUUGUUUUUUUGACAUUUUGCGUGUUUUAAAAGUAUUCACCCCUAUGACCUUGUUGUGCUGUCCAGAAAAUUGUGAUUGGGUUAAUAUAGUUACUACAAUUACAAGAAGAAGAUUUGUUCCCAGAUAUCGUGAUUUACGCGUCAUAACUUCAUGGUAAGAAUGAGUAACUCUUGGAUGAUUGGAACGAUGCAUUAACAAUCAUUUCGGCACUUUAUGAUGUCAAGAUAAACAUUGUGUACGAAUUCAAUUUUUCAAUGAAUGAAAAUGAAAUUAAUGAGUAAAAAAACAACAACACAACAAUUGUGACAUGUUAACCUGAAAGACAAUUGUGUAGAAUUCACAAAUAGAUUUGUUUAGAUCUUAUGUGAUAGUUUAGUAACAACGUUGGAGUAUCAUUAUAAGAACAAUUGAAUUUAUCCAUUCUUAAUGUAUAAAUGAUAAUUUAUCAAAGUAGAUCUAUAGUAAUUGCAUGAAAAAUGUUAGAAAAAUGAUAUUGACAUUAUUAAGACACUUUAAAGGUUAUAUGCUUAGUAUAAAUAGUUGCUUGGUUAUAUAACCCGGGCUUCUAAGUCAGGGUCAUAUAGCAAAAACCAUAUGCAGCCAUAUAACCUUUCAAGUAUUUUUUUUACAAUGAAAUUAUAUUUGUUUGUUCCUUUCUUUGAUUGAAAGAGCUGCAGUGUUUAUCUAUAAUUAUAGAUAUCAGAAUUAUCCAAUGAACAUUGAUGUUACAAACAUGCAGUAUUAUAAGAAAUAAUGCCAGUAUGUAAAUGUUACCUUUGUUUUUUAGUGAAGACAGGUUUCAUUGAUCAGUUUUCUUUGUAUUUGAAUGGAGAUAUAGAGGAUAUUGAAUGAGUGUAGGUUUAAUACUAAAUUUAUUGAACGAGUUAAAUAAAAUCAUAUUAUGCGAGCCUCUGGCGAGCAUAAUAUUGUUUUAUUCAACGAGUUCAAUAAAUUUAGUAUUGAAUCUACACGAAUAUAAUAUUCUAUUUAUCACAUAUAUAAAAUAAAAACGGUAAACUGUUAACAAGAGUCAUUUUUCUUUGACGCGCCUAUAGUGUAACGCUAACAUUAGUGUUUAUAGUGCAAAUGACGUGACGUCAAAGUGUUAUUACACUAGUGUAAUAUCGUCUAGUGUAAUAUCGUUUUUAUUAAAUGGCUUUAUUACACUCCUGCGCCGCGGUUUAUGUGAUAAAUUGAAAUAUUUAUGUUUACAAGCUUUAAAAUAAAUUUAUUUGGGUGGUGUUAAGCAGUUAAAUAUGCUUUGAAAUUAUGCAUUUAAGUGGUGAAAAUAUAAUCUUCUUACUAUGGCAUAUUUACUAGACAUUUGUGUGGAAUAACAAUAUUUGUAAAUUGUUUUCUGAAUACUUAAAUUUUGUAAGGGUAAAGUAUAAUAAAAAUUGUAAUGAAUUUGAGUGGGGUAAAUAAAAAAUUUAAGUGGGGUAAAUAUGUCCAAAAAAAACCAACUCCUAGAUUAGAUGAAACAUUUCAUAUAAUAGAAUUAUGUUGUUGAUUUUGGUUUCUGUAUUUCUAAUGUUUGCAAAUGGAGAUGUCUUGGGGGGUGUUGGUUGGAGUGUUGGAGGGUGUGGUUUGAGUGUUGGAGGGUGGGGGAAGGUUGCUUAGUGGUUUAGGUGUGUGCCUCUCAGCCAUGGGUUCAAAGGUCAUUGGUAUUGGUAAAAUCAGGAAGCCAGCCGGCUUGGGUGUAGUUAAAAUGAUCUGUUAACUUUGAAAUAAAUGUAUUGUAACCAUGGACACGCUGAAAUUGUGUCAUAGACUUGUCUGUUUCGAAGAAGAAAAUCAAGCAAUUAUGAUCACUGCAGCAUCAUUGUUGUUGCCAUUGUCAUCAGUCAAAAACUAUAAUUUAGCCUAUCAAAGAUUUUAAAUGUUAUCAAAAAUGAAACUUGGCAUACUUGCUUGUCAUUACAAGGCGCAGUUGAUAGUCAAGAGGAAUUAAAUGUUAAAACAAUAUUUUUAUGAGUGCUGUCCCUUUUUAACUUAAAAUAUUUAAGAGACAAUUGUUUACACAGCAUGCAGUGCUCUUGUUUGAACUGACCUUUAUCAAUUUUGGGGGUAUGAAGAUGAUAAUUUGAAGCUAGACAGCAGAAACUGUAAUUACAACAGGUUAAGCGAAAAACUUAUUAUUAAAAAAAAAUAUGAAUUUGAACAGCUGCAUUGAACAAAAAUGUGGCUUUUGAGAAAGGGAAUGAAAUGGAAGUCUAUUUAUGACAAAGUAUUGUCAAAUGAUAUAUAGACAUAAAGGCAUGGCUGCUAAUAAGUGCUUUGAGUGAAAUUUACUGUAUUUUAGAUAUAUGAUUGUAGAAGGUACAUAAAUUUUGAAAUUUUUAUCCUGUAAAUUUGAGUAGUAAUAUUGUGUAUUGUAUGAAACAUUUUGUGUAAAUACCAGUACACAAAUGUUUAUUACUAAAACAUAAAACAUAUUUGUAAUAUUUAUAUGAAUGUGUUUGUUGAAAUUUAAAGUUGUGUUUUUAAAAUAAACUCAUUUAUUUGUGUAGGACAUAUUUAGUGGUAUGCAUGUGUUUGUUAAAAUGUGUUUAAUUUAAAAAAAGGUGUACCUAAUCAACUUAUUGACAUAUUAUGAUUUAACAAUGUACAUGUGUGUUUGUUAAAAUGUGUGUUAAAUUUACUCAUCAUGUGCUACUAUUGUUUGAUAGAACAAAUCUGUGAUACAGUUACUGUUUAUAUAAA